AUGCACCCCGGAGGGCUACCCGUCAUGCCUGGCGGUGGCGUGCCGCCUCCCGGCCUGACGAACUUUGGCCGCCCCGCUGUGCCGGGAGCGCCUCCACUUCUACAGCCGUUCGGCCUGCCCCCCAUGCCCUCUCUCGGCAUGCUGCCUGCGUCUCCUGCGCCGUCGCUGUUGAUGCCGCCGCGCGGCGCGGGGGCCCCAGGGGCGUUUUUCCAGCCGAGCGGCUCGCUCAGUUCGCGAGCCAGUCAGAGCGCCGCGCUGCAGCCUGCAGACAAGGCCGAGGAGAGCAAAGCAGCCACGGUGUACGUCGGCAACAUCCACCGCCGUGCAGACAAUGACUUCAUGCGGAUUCUGCUCUCGGAGUGCGGGCGCGUGGUCCGCUGGAACCGCCAAGCAGACCCUACAACAGGACAGCUGGCUGCGUUCGGCUUCUGCGACUUCCACGACCCGGUCGGCGCCCUGAACGCCUUGGAAGUUCUCCCCGAGCUCGUUAUCGGCGGCAAGGCUCUCAAGGUCAACUGCAACGACAAAGUUCGCGCGGAGAUCAACCGCGUGCGAGAAGACCGCGUCCUCUCCACCAUGCAUACGUUUCGAGACAAGACGCGGGAAGAAGUUGAGAAAGAGAUCGAGGAGGAGACCUCGCGGCUGCGGAGCGCGGUGAUGGAGAUUGUGAAGAGGAAAGAAGCGCAAAUGCGAAAGUCGGGCAGGGAGGAAAAGAGUUCGCGCGGUCGCCGCGACGAGAGCAAAGAACGAGGCAGCAAGAAGGCCUCAUCCAGGGCGUGCGUAGUCUUCGCGAGGGUUGGGAUUCCUGUCUUCUUUCCCGCGCGUAUUAUUGUUCGCUUCUGCCCGCGUUUUUUCAGCGGCGACGCGGACUCUCGGGCCUCCUCGCGGCGGGCUUCCGCGGACAACGGGAAGGCUGCGUCGCCGCCUGAGCCGGCUGCGCCGCUGCCUGCGAACGCGCCGCCAGGGCCGCCCGGCAAAGAGGGCGACGCCACAAGCGUCGUCGCGGCCGCCGGCGGCAUCGGCACGUUCGCAGGCUUGAAUGCACUCAAGCAACUCGACCCCGAGCUCGCGGAGGCCGCUUCCUCGUGCUCAGUCUACCGCGUCGGACCUGACGGAAAGGAUCGCAGAGGAUACAUCUCAGAGGACUACCGCCCCUGUCGCCGCGAGCUUGAGAGACUUCAUCAUCUGGAGAGACGCGACGCAGAAUUCGACAGGGAGUUUCGGCGACGCGAGGCGGAGUGGAUCGCCCGCGAAGAAGAGUUCAUCAGGAAUCGCGAAAAAGAACUCGAGUUGGAGCAGGAGAUUCGCGACAGCGACCGGCAGCAGCUCAUCAACGAAGAUCUCCGCGGGGAAUGGUGGGACGGGCUCGAAGACCCGCGCCGGCGGCAGGAGCGCAAGCGCCGCAGGAAGCGCGAGGCUGAAGACGACGCGUUUGAUCGCGACGAGGAAGAAAAGGAACAGCGAGAAGAAGAACGAAAACGCCGCGAGGAAAAGAAGCGCAACCAGUCCCGACAAGAGGCCGGCGACAGCGACGCGCGCAGCGGCAGCCUCCAGCGCGAGCGCGAGAGAGAAAAAGAGCGCGCGCGAGAGAGAGAGAGGGAGAGAGAGAGGAAGGAACGAGAAGAAUCUUCGCGUAGCGCGUCCUCGAGUUCGUCUUCGCGACAUGUGGAGAAGAAAAUGCCCGCGAGCUCGCCGUCGUCGGGCGAUCGCGCCGCGGAGGCCACCCAGGCGAAGGGAGGCAAAGCGAAGGAAGAAACCGGACGGGACGCAGAGAACAGAGACAGAAAAGAGAAGAAGGACUCGAGGCGAAUCAAGGCAGAGCUGCGCACGAGCUUGGCGCAGCAGCCUUCUUCGCAGGUGUUGGCAUUUUUCAACGACGAAGACGGAGUGUUUGACGGCGAGAAGCGAAAGCACAGGCCGCUCACGAAGCUCGAUCACCAUCGCGACGCCACAAACAGAAUGCAGAAAGCGCAAGAGACUCUCAAAGUCAUCGAGCACUCCAAAAAAAUUCUCGCUUCAGUGCCGACAGAGAAGAGCAAGCUCUUCGCCUUCAACAUUGACUGGUCGCUCUUGAUUUCGAAAAACAUCUUGGAAAUCAAGUUGCGGCCGUGGGUGCGAAAGAAGGUGUGCGAGUUCAUGGGCGCGGAGGAGAGUCUGGUGCUGGAGGUGAUCGACUACAUCAUCAAGCGGGUGUCUGACCGGCCGCAGGCUGAGGAGUUGCUGGGCGAACUGGCGAAAUUCCUCGACGAAGAGGCCGAAGGGUUUGUGAGGAACAUGUGGCGCCUGCUCAUCUACGAGCAACUCAAACUCGCGCAGCCGCCUUCGCCGUAA